AGUCCAACCGAGAGGCUAUUGGCGCUGCUCGAGGAGUUACACCCCUGCUGUCUCUUGCCAAUUCCUAUGAUCCUAGAGUCCAACAAAACGCAGUUGGUGCUAUUCUCAACCUCACACAGUCAGAGAAAAUCCAACAGGUCCUAUGCAAGGAAGGAGCCCUACCAGUUCUUGCCUUGCUGCUGGAAUCUCCUGACUCGGAAGUGCAGUAUUACAGCUGUGCUGCUCUAAGCAACGUGGCAGCCAACGUUCAGUACCAUGAAGCCAUGCUGAGACCCAGCAACAGAUUCCUGUUGCGGACACUCAUCUCUCUCCUAUCCUCUUCUGUGGACAAGGUUUCAAGCCAGGCAUGUGUUUGCCUACGGAAUUUGGCUACCAGUGUGGACAUCCAGACCGAGAUGGUUGCUGAGGAUGUCCUGCCCAAGCUGCACGCUCUCCUGGCUUCUGGCAGUGAGGAUGUGCGUCGUGCCUCCAUCGCUCUGCUCUGGAUACUGUCCCAGCACCCACACAACCAGGACACUCUGGCAUGUGCUGAGCUACUACAGAGCCUGGGGAUGCUACUACUGGCACAUAAAACAGACCCUGUGAUUGUUGGCCAUACUGCUUGUAUCAUCAAAAACCUGAGCCUUUCCAAAAACAGACAGAGAAUCAUUGAGAGCCCAUGUGUUGAAGGUCUUCUCCAGACCAUGCUUUCUACCAAUCCUGAAGAAGACUCUCUUCAUUAUGUGACAUCUUGCCUUGCUGAGCUAGCGAAGCAAGGUGCUACGUUACACAUGCUCCAAUGGAUGGAUGAACCCUUGACAAAGUGCUUAGUGAGGCUGGCUGGCCAGCAGGAACAUACCGAGCCAUCCUUUCAAGCUGCCUCCAUCAUCCAGCACAUGAUAGGUCAUGAAAAAAUGAUGCUUUUGCUGAAGCGGCACAUCAGAGAGAUUCAAGCCUACCUCAGGAAUUUUCUUACCCAUCGAGAGAUCCGCUUUCAGCAGCUGGGCAUCUCCACAUUCUGCAGACUGCGAGAAGAUCCAGAAUUUUCAUCAGAAUUCAGAGAAAGCCAAAUGGCCAAACUCCUUGAGCAACUCCGCCAACAAACAGAAGAAACUCAAGAGCUCCUUAGGGCAGCUAUUUGCCAUGAAGAUAGUUAA